CCCUCUCCUUUCCUCUCUCUGAAAUCAAUAAAGAUAUAUUUUUUUAAAAAGUUAAAAAAAAUAAAAGUUGUGUAAAUUGAUGAGAAGGAGCCGGAGUCAUUUUGAAGCAAUCAGGACCGUGUGUAUUACAUAUGCACUUUCAGGUACCUCUGACGUUUGAGGAUGUUGCCAUUUACUUCUCAGAGCAAGAAUGGCAGGGUCUGGAGGCCUGGCAGAAGGAGAUUUACAAGCGUGUAAUGACGACCAAUUACGAGAUUCUGGCUUCUCUAGAUGGUGGGCUUCCCAAACCGGAGCUGAUCUCCUGGAUUGAACAGGGGAGAGUGCUCUUCAGGAAUUUAGGAGAACCCCAGAACUCAGGAAACAUAAUUUGCAACCCUGCUGACUUGUAUUUUGAUCCAGUUGUUGAGGGACAGCAGUUUUGGGUUUCAGGAGGCCAGCAAGCUGUGAUUUCAGAAGAACCCGAGUGCCAUUUUCAAGUCGAUCCACUUGAGAGCCAGGGCUCCUCUGACCCCUUAUUAGGAAAAAAUGAAGACGUUUCCUUCAGGCGGGACCAAGGCAUCACCCUCAUGGCACUAGACACACACGAUCCGCGGGCUCUACCCCCAGCAGCCCACCGUUCCAGGAAAUCCACCCACAGAGAAAGAAUCCCGAACCCCAGGACUCUGGGUCCACCAGGCCUCCAGGAGGUGCCCUCCUGGGAGGGCGCCCCACACCCCUGCCCUGUCUAUGGGGAGAGCUCUUGGAAGAAGAGUCACAUGGAGAAGCACCAGGGGAGCCACUCCAAGGAGCAGCCGGAUGGGGCCUGGAAGAAAUUCAGCAAGCACGCUGACCUGCAGCCCCAGCAUCAUCAGCGCAGCAUCCCGGAACAGAGGCACUUUCGGUGCCAUGAAUGUGGGAAGAGCUUUCGCCUAAAGCGGAACCUGCCUAGACAUCUGGCCACCCACCCGGGGAAGAGCCCACUGCCCUGCCCGGAAUGUAACACGUGCCUUCAUCACAAGCAGGCCCUUCUCAGCCACCACCUUCCACACCAGGGGGAGAGGUCCUCCCAGUGCCCCAGGUGUACCACGGGCUUCCUCCCGAAGACCGGCAUGCGGGCUGAUCAGGGCCAGCGCAGCAGGGCCAGGCCAGGCUCCAGCAGAGAAGGCGACAAGGCCUGUGACAGGGCAGAGCUGAGCGGUGUGCACUCAGAGAAGCCAGGCCCUCGUCCGGCUCGUGAGGGGCGCUGCCACCUGUCGGGGGGCACGGAGGUCGUCCCCCAGCACUGCCCUGCCAGGGAGAGGCCAUUCUCUUGUAUGGCAUGUGACAAGUGCUUCUCCACCAGGGUCAGGCUCGCCAGUCACGUCCGGGUGCACGCGGGGGAAAGGCCCUUCCCAUGCCCGGAGUGCGGCCAGAGCUUUGGCCUGCUGCAGGGCCACCAGCGCGUGCACAGUGGGGAGAGGCCCUUCUCCUGCAGGAAGUGCGGCCAGGGCUUCAGCAGACAGUGCAGGCUUGCAGAGCACAGCCGGGUGCACAGCGGGGAGAAGCCCUUCUGGUGCGCGGAGUGUGGCCGGAGCUUCCGCCAGAGGGGCCCACUGCUGCGCCACCAGCGGCUGCACACGGACCAGCAGCCCUUCCAGUGCCCCGAGUGCGGGCUGAGCUUCCGCCUGAAGAGCAUGCUGCGGGCCCACUGGCUCCGGCACGGUGGCCAGAGGCCCUUCUCCUGCGACGAGUGUGGCCGCGGCUUCACGCACCAGUGCAAGCUCCGCGAGCACCUGCGCGUGCACAGCGGGGAGCGGCCCUUCCAGUGCCCUGAGUGUGACAAGAGCUUCCGCCUGAAGGGCAUCCUGAAGGCCCACCAGCGCACCCACAGCACGGAGAGGCCGUUCUCCUGUACCGAGUGUGGCAAGGGCUUCACCAGGCAGUCCAAGCUCACUGAGCACCUGCGUGUGCACAGCGGGGAGCGCCCCUUCCAGUGCUCCGACUGCGGCCGCAGUUUCCGCCUCAAGGGGCAGCUGCUGAGUCACCAGCGCCUGCACACGGGCGAGAGGCCCUUCCAGUGCCCCGAGUGCGACAAGAGCUACCGCGUGAAGGCCGACAUGAAGGCCCACCAGCUGCUGCACGGCGGCCAGAUGCCCUUCUCCUGUGAGUGUGGCAAAGGCUUCGCGAAGCAGUCGAAACUCAUAGAACACAUCAGGACACACACGGGGGAGAAGCCUUUCCAGUGCCCCAAGUGUGACAAGAGCUUCCGCCUGAAGGCACAGCUGCUCAGCCACCAAGGCCUGCACACAGGGGAGAGGCCUUUCCACUGCCCUGAGUGUGACAAAACCUUCCGGGAAAAGGGACACUUGCUUAGGCACCAGCGCAUACAUAGGCCAGAGAGGCCGUUUGCCUGUGGCGACUGUGGGAAGGGCUUCAUUUAUAAGUCCAAACUUGCCGAGCACAUCCGCGUGCACACAAAAUCCUGUCGUGCUCCGAGUGAGCCCGACAUUCAGAAACGGCUCAGCCAGCUGUUUGCCAUGAUCGAGGCCGACUGGAGCUGAGACAGUGGUGGCCGUCCAGAUAGGCUGUCAGCAGUUCGUGGUGCCUGAGGAUCCGCAGCAACCGUAGGUGUUAGGAACAGGGGCCCUUUUCUUGAGCAAGAAUGUAAUACAGGUUAGGAGAAUGAGCAACCACUGAGGAUUUUCGUCCUUAAAUCAUCACCAGUUAUAUUUCCUAGCCAUUGAUAAAGAGAGACAUUUGUCCUUUCUACCAUCUUAAGUGGUAAUUUCCCUGCAAGUGCUAAGCUAGCUUUGACAUCCCAGCUCGAAUUUAGACGGGAAAUGCCCCCAGCAUUGGCUGUUACACAUUAGCUUCCCUUUUUUCAUAGUAUGAUCCUAAGCUGAGGGCUUAAACCCAGUGAAUUUUGUUGCAGGCCUGAUAUGACAUCAGAUGUGGCUUAGAUUGAUUUAUUUGGAAACUGACAGUAAUAAAAUGAGUUCUUUUUGAA